AUGUCGGUUGCGAAUCAGUCAGGCAAAUUGUUGGAGAAUCUCCCUCAACGUCUGGUGAAUUUCUUCGCUCGGUAUCCUCCACAAACCCACUCCGCAGCUGUCCGCCGCCCUGCCCCUGCGAACGGAGAGGGCUAUGUACCAACGAAGGUAGAAUCCCCGUAUACACCAGACCGUGAUGCCAAGGGUGCACCCGGAGAGAAAAAGCAUGGCUGGACUCCUUCACGCGCACUCCUCGUGACUAGUGACGCAAUCCGCAACCCAUUUCUUCCACACAAGCGAUACGGCAAAUGGGAGGCACCGAGAUAUGGUUUGCGGCAGCAGGCCGAUCUGAUGAAGCUGGCCAUCAAAUACAAUGUGGGGGCGCUUCUUCCUCCUAGUCGCAAAUCACCUGAAUUUAAGGAGACACGGCGCGCAGAGCGUGGUUUGCAGGUCAAGGGAACUGGUGUUGGCCAUAAGGUCAAGGGUCACAAAUGGGAGCGCACCAUGGAAUCGCGUCUCGAGGAUCGCCGCAAGGCAAUGGAGGGAAUGCCGGAGAUGGUCCGUAUGUGGAAGCAGAGAGGUCACGGCCGUGGCUGGAGACAAUGGCCCAAGCGGUAA